UGGUAACUCUGAGUCCGGCUCAGACACAGUUCAGCUGCCUUCGAGGACCUACUCUGCGCUGGCUUCUGUUCUUAACGCUCGUCUCUCCAGCUGGCUUCCCCUCACUGCAGCCUCGGCGGAGUCCGGGAGCCGGGUCCCUGUCCCCGCCCACCAUGAGUGUCGCGCGGCCGGGCGCCCCGGCAGUGCUGCAGGUCCUCGGCGGUCUGCACCUGCUCCUGCUCCUGCUGUGGUCACCAGCUGCACAGGGUGACUGCCCGCCUCCUCCAGAAAUGCCUAAUGCCCACCCAGACUUGAAAGGUCUUACAAGUUUCCCUCAGAAUACCACUAUCAUAUACCUCUGUAAUGACGGCUUUGUAAAAAUUCCUGGCGUGCAAGACUCGGUGGUGUGCCUUGACAAUAAUCAGUGGUCACAGGUUUCAGAAUUCUGUAAUCGUAGCUGUGCUAUGCCACCCCGGCUACCAUAUGGAGUUGUCAGAUCAAAAUAUAGGAUAGUGACUUAUUUUCCAGUCGGGACCACUGUGGACUAUGACUGCCGUAUGGGCUACAGAAGGGUCUUUGGUGUAUCACCAAAAAUAACUUGCCUUCCGAGUUUAGAGUGGUCGGUACCAGAACAAUUUUGUGAAAAAAAACCAUGUCCGAAUCCUGGAGACUUAGUAAAUGGUCAUAUCAAUAUAACAACUGAUAUAUUAUUUGGUGCAACCAUUUACUUCGUAUGUGACACAGGGUACAACCUAGUUGGUGCAUCAUCUAGUCUCUGUAUUCUAACAGGCAAUAAUGUUGAGUGGAGUAACCCACUUCCAGUUUGUAGAGUAAUUUAUUGUCGAGACCCACCAUCAAUUGCCAAUGGAAGAAUAAUUAGCGGAGAAAGCGGACAGUAUACCUAUAAUCAUGCUGUGGGGUAUGCGUGUGAUAAAGGCUUUACCCUGAUUGGAGAAAGCACUAUUUAUUGUACUGCAAAUGGUGAAGAAGGAGAAUGGAGCAGCCUACCACCUCGAUGUCAAGGAAAAUCUCCACCUGGCAAAGGCCCAACACCAGGUCCUGUCCCUACAGUGAAAGAACCUCCUCAGACACCCACCAGAGAGACACCUGAGAACGCAGCAACCCAGACUGAACAACCUUCCAGGACAACCAUGCGUCCUCUUGCAACAAGUUUCCCUAAAGGAGGAGAUAUCCCUUCAGGUACUUCCGGAGUUGUACAUGGAUUUGUUGCUGCUAUUAUAGUAAUUACUACCGUAAGUCUAGGCAUGGCACUAUGGAGAUUCAGGGGUGCAAUUGAGACCUCCAGUAACUGAAACCAUGGAUGAGGGGACUACUGUAUUUGUUUUGAAUUGUAUUUUGGGAUUUUGCGAUAAACCUACUCGUUCCAUUCCGAAUCAGAGCAAUCAUGCAAACCUCAAAAAAGAAUUGGCCAUUUUCAUGUACACAUAAAGAUCACUUCAUUUGCCUUACUUUAGAAGUAUAAAGCUGUUGAGGGUAAGAGUUAACUUUAUAUAUACCUGGUUAGCCUUUUGAUCUCAUAGUGAUUUAAGUAAGUAUUUGAUCUUAGUUAGAACAGAAAAUAUAAUGAAUGUGAAAGUCAUAAUGUAACUUCAUCUAGUGAUUCUUUGUGUUUGUCUACCAAAAGACUUAUUUAUUUCAGAAGCAUUGCAUUUGGAUGAUAAUUUUUAGUUUAGGGAUAGGAGUGUAAACAACUGUUUGAUUGUGC